UUAUCCACAAGAUAUACAUACGCAUGUGUAUGUGAGAUGUAAGGUCUUGGCUUAAUGCGAGCAAUACAACAGUAAAGUAAUAAAAUACAGUAAUCACUUGCUACUACUGUACUACACUUGGUUGUAAUCAUUCUCUUAAUUACUACUCAAUUGAGAUCCACACAGUUGUUUUUGUUUUUGUGUGGUCGUCGUCUAAGUCCAAAAUGAAGAUCAAGCCCCCGUUUAUGACUGAGAAAUCCCCAAGCAGGCUGUUGAUAUUAGCCGUCGCUAUUCUAUUCCUCUUCAGCGGGGCGCUGGUACUUUCCAGCUACAUCCUCGCCGUCGACAGUCCUUUCCUCCUCCUCCGCGGCGGCGACAACUCCGAUUCAACGGAGAGGACUCAGCUAGAAACGAUCCUCCACUACGCCACCUCACGCGUGGUCCCGCAACAGUCCCUGGCAGAGAUCAAAGUCUCUUUCGAUGUUCUUCUCUCUCGGGCACCUUGUAACUUUCUUGUGUUUGGACUCGGCCAUGACUCCCAGAUGUGGCACUCUUUCAAUCCACGCGGCACCACUCUAUUCCUGGAGGAGGAUCCAAAGUGGGUCCAGACGAUCUUGAAGACAGCACCGUUCCUCAAUGCACGGCACGUGAUCUACCGGACCAAACUCUCAGAGGCGGAUAAGCUUUUACAAUCCUACCGUUGGCAACCCGAGUGCACACAGAUGAUGUUUCUACGUGGGAAUGACAAGUGUAGGUUGGCCCUAACUGAGCUGCCUGAGGAGGUGUAUGAUAAGGAAUGGGACCUCAUCAUGAUUGACGCGCCAAGAGGCUACUUUCCAGAAGCGCCUGGAAGGAUGGCAGCGAUCUAUUCAGCGGCAGUUAUGGCCAGGAACAGGAAAGGAAAGGGCGAGACGCAUGUGUUUCUGCACGACGUGGAUCGCAGAGUAGAGAAGGCUUAUGCCGAGGAGUUUCUGUGUAGAAAGUAUUUGGUCCAAUCCAAAGGAAGGCUCUGGCACUUUGAGAUUCCAUCGCCCAACACCACAGCCUCAGAUUCAUUGCCUAAUACCGUUUUUUGCUGAGGGGAGGGAGGGAGGGAGGGAGGGAAGAUCCAACUCCAACACCGUUUUUUACUGUUACACUAUCAAUCACCUUCUUUUUCCUGUUGCCUCCCACAUUCACACUUUUUUUGUUUUUUUUAAAAGAAAAGGAAGAAAAGAGCAUUGUGAUAAUGUAAGUAAGUAGCUGCUUUCAAAUAAGUACUAUUUAUCUGUUGACAGACAGGCAGACAGACAGAAUAUAGUGGGUUUAGCAAGGAGGGGAAACAAAAUGCUUUUGUCUUUCAUACUGUUUCUUGUUAUAAGCAUAGCACGCUGUCAGAAUUAUAAUCUUUUCCAUGUUAAUUACUGGAUCUACCGGUAUUAAUAUUACUAUUGGUGGCUAAC